CAAAGGCUCUUCUUCACUACUACUCCUCUCUAACGUUUUCCUCAUUCUUCUUAAUUCCGAUAUUUUAUUCGGAUUGAGUUAUGGCUAUGGCGUCUGCUUCUGGUUCUGCUCUUUGCUUCACUGAUGCUUCUAGCUCUCUAGCUUUAAGACGCGAUUGUGGAGCUCUUUGCUUGCCUCCGAGGACAGUUACGUUUGGAUUUGUCGAUAAAUCUCUUUCGAAUCUCGAGCGAUUAAGAUUAUCCAAUUUGAAGCCUCGAGCAUCAAAUGCUACUGCUGUGGAGAAUGGAAAGCAAGGUGAAAGUGCCGCUGAUUCUGAUAAAGUUCCAACUCCAGUGGUCAUAAUCGACCAAGAUUCUGACCCCGAUGCUACCGUUCUUGAAGUUACAUUCGGAGAUCGUCUUGGAGCUUUACUUGACACUAUGAAUGCGCUCAAAAACUUGGGAUUGAAUGUUGUCAAGGCAAAUGUUUACCUCGAUUCUUCCGGCAAGCACAACAAAUUUGCCAUUACUAAAGCGGAUAGUGGAAGAAAAGUAGAAGACCCUGAAUUGCUUGAGGCCAUUCGUCUCACAGUCAUAAACAAUCUGCUUGAGUUUCAUCCUGAAUCAAGUUCUCAAUUGGCAAUGGGAGCAGCUUUUGGUGUUCUCCCACCAACUGAACCGAUUGAUGUGGACAUAGCAACACAUAUAACCAUUGAAGAUGAUGGACCAAACCGCAGUUUACUCUACAUAGAAACAGCGGAUAGACCUGGACUAUUAGUUGAGCUGGUGAAGAUCAUUUCCGAUAUCAGCGUCGCUGUCGAAUCUGGAGAAUUCGACACCGAGGGUUUGCUGGCUAAGGUAAAGUUCCAUGUAAGCUACAGGAACAAGGCACUAAUCAAGCCUCUCCAGCAGGUUCUUGCUAAUAGUCUGAGGUACUUCUUGAGGCGUCCAUCAACUGACGAGUCAAGUUUCUGAUAAUGCCCAUUUUUCAAAAUCUGAUGUCUCAUUCCUCUGUGACUACUUUUUACCACGUUUUUUUUUUUUUACAUUUGACCAAAAUAAGCUGUUUCAAUUAAGUGGACAUCUCAUA